AUGAAAGACGCGAGGCACGACGUGGCCGAGGUGGCCGGCCUGACGUCGUUCUCCUUCGGGGACGACGAGGACAGCCGCUACGUGAUGGUGUUCAAGAAGCGCCCCCCUUCCCUCCCCCCUCCAAAACCGCCGCUCCCGCCACCGAGGGGAGAAGUUUGGGGAAGCCCGUGGUGGGAAAGGGGGGCUGCCGGAGCCCUGUCCCUUUCUGGGGUAACGGGGGAGUUCCGGGGGUCCCCCGAGGGACCCUGCCGGGGUUCAUUGGGGUCCCCGGAAUUGGGGGUGUCUGGGUUAAAUGGGGGUCCCGGGGCGCUUUGCUUGAGAGGUCCUUUCUGGGGUUCCCGGCGGGCUGGUUUGGGGGUUCCUGAGCUGUUCUCCCAUGUGGCAGCUGCUGGAGGGGUUCGCCCUGGAGGGUCCCGAGUUUGGGGGGGGGGCUCAUGGGGAUCCCUGGAUUGUCGGGUGCUCUUGUGGGGACCCCUCGGGGGUCGGGGAUCAGGGUGGGGUCCCUGGCGGGAGUCACGGGAGUGCCGGGACACCUGGGUCCAUUUAUGGUCAUGGAGUGGGAGUUACGAGUCCCGGUUUGCCCGGCGGGGGCCCUGCCGGGGGCUGUGGCCCCCCCAAACCCAGGACACUCGGGGGGCCCAGGCUUUGCUUUUGGUGCUCCCUGGGUGGGGGUCUUUGAGCUGUCCCCGCCCUGCAGGCCGCGAUCGGGGUGGGGCGGGGGGGCUCUGGCGGUCCCCAGCCAGCUGUGCCCCAUCACGGGUGGGCUCGGGGGGUCUGACCCGUGUCCCCCCGCAGCCAGCGGAGGUGGCGGCGCUGGUGGGCCCCGAGCGGGGCCCGCUGCUGGUGCAGGGGCUGACGCUGGGGGGGCUGCGCUGCUCCGUCAUCCGCGACUCGCUGCUGGUGGAGGGCGAGCACAGCAUGGACCUGCGCACCAAGGGGGCCGCGGGAGCGCCCACCUUCAACAUCACGGCUGCCAUCACCAACAAGACCAUCGUGCUGGCCAUGGGCAAGGAGGGCGUCCACGGCGGCUGCGUCAACAAGAAAUGUUAUGAGAUGGCCAAUCACCUGCGGCGCAGCCAGUACUGAGCGGGCUGGGGGCCACCCCCGGACCCCCAGGGACCAGCAGAAGCCGCCAGGGACCAGCAGGACCCCGUCCCCCACCCCCCUGCCCGCCCCCAAUCCCCGCUGCCGGCAGCAAUAAAGUGCCCUUGUGGGGAA